AUGGAAGUGUUCCGUGCACGGCGCGCGCGCACAGCUGAGACCAUCAAUGAAGUCCCGGGGAUUGACAUCACGUAUAAGGUAUGCGUCGCCCUGCAGCAGCACAGGGCCCUCGACAAGGUCGUUGGCCGCUUCUGGAAUGUGACUCUUGCAGAGAAAUGUUUCGAUCGUGUGAUCUACCACAACACCAGCCAGAUUGUCGUGGUCCGGAUCCCGCCAACAGGUAGUUAUCUUUUGUGUGCCCUUCCUCCUGGUGACCCAAUGGCACGCCAACCCCGCGCCAAUGCUCAAGACCCUGCCCGUAAGAGACGUCUGGACGAAUUCGAUCGUCGCCUCACCGCGAUGGAAGGACAAGUCCGCACCCAUGAAGACCGCAUGGAAAACUUGGAGUAUCGCUUUGAGCUGGAAACUGCUUACCGCUAUCUCCGUAUUGAAAAUUCGCCUGGUCUUGACCAGAUGUUUAAAGAUCUGGCAGCCAAAACGAUGGAAAAUGCAGAAAUCCGCGAGCGCACAGGGCAGGUUCUCAUGCGUGAAAUCCGCGAAGUAUUCGAACGCGAGGUGGAAGAAGGUGAGCUCUCGGCCACAAGCCAAGCCAAUAACCCCCGACGCAAGUGGCACACCCCAGCCGCACGAAAGGCCACUUUGGAUGCAUUUAAUGUGGCACCCCUGGUGGACCUCUGCUCUCGCGCUGGGGAUAAUCGGUAUAACCUACGUCUGCAACAAGGUGAGCCCUCUCGCGUGGCGUUCAAUGCAGUCAAAAAUAUGCUCAACUGGGCCCUAUAUGUAUAUUCACAGCAUACAACGGGAGAUCAGUACAAACUCCAGGUUUUCCCAGACCGCGGACCUGCGGUGCGUCGUAGAAAGGGUUAUGGAAAAGGAAAAGAUAGGAAAGGCAAAGAUGGUAAAGGCAAAGGCGCCAAAGGCAAGGGCACAGGGAAAGGCGAAGCCGGAGGAAACCAGGAGGGCUAG